AUGGGGAUCCUCCUAUCGCCACCUCCCUACUGGGACACCACCACAGCUUACAUGGCCAUAACUGUGUUGCCUGAUGAAGAGCAGAAUUUGAAUCAUUAUGUACAAGUUUUACAGAACCUGAUAAUGAGUGUUCCCACCAGGGAUCAGGGCUCUGGGGAAAAGUCAAAGCCCUCAGGAACUGUGGAAGUUGCAGAACCGAGGUCCUCGCCUGAGCUGAUGCACACCCCCGAAGUUACCCCUGAGAACGACGGUCUGAUCAGGCCCAUCAGCGAGGAAAAGACAACUUUCCCUUCUAGCGGCUUCACGCUGGGAAUAGAGAGGAGAAAAAAAACCAAAAGUACAGCGUUCUGGUCCAUCCGGCCAAAUAACGUUUCUGUUGUUUUACACGCGGAUGAACCGUAUAUUGAGACAGAAGAGCCAGAGCCGGAGCCGGAGCCAGAACCCCAGUCUAGGCCAACGAUAGUGCCUGAGUAUGAGUCAGAGGCGGAGCUGGAGCAUGGAACCCUGCAAGAGCCAGAUCUAGACGACCAGGUAGAGUUAGACACACAGCAAAACAGGAUGCAAACGGAGGUCCAGAGUAUGACAUCCAUGGUUUCCCAGCCAUGGUCGGCAACUGCACAUGUCACCAUAACAACCAGAACCACCAGCAACUUGGAUAGCUCCACAGACUCUGAGGAUGUGCCCCAGCUCUCAGGCCAGACGGAAACCGAGAACUUAGAAGACUUCUCUGGACGCCACUCCCUGAGUCCGAGAUAUGAGGACAUUUUGAGAAAAAUUUCCAAUAUUAAUGUAGAAAUUCAGCGGGGGCCUCUUGGAGACGGCAACAACCCCGAGUACAAAGAAUAUAUCAAGGCCUCCAAGGAGCACCUGAAACGGAGCCUGGCCCUGGCCGCAGCCGCCGAGCACAAGUUAGAACAGAUGUACAGUUCUCGUGUCUUCCAGGAGGGAGAGACCAGCGAGUCCGUUGAUGACAUGGAAACGGUUAUCAACAUGCUGUACAAUUCCAGGUCCAAGUUGCCGGAGUAUUUAAAUAGUAAGCGUAUCCCAUCAGAGCUGAGAGAAAAGGCCACUGUCGUGAUUGGUGUGUUGAAAAAACUAUUAUGUGUAGAUCAGGUAGAAACGCAACGCCUUAUUAGGAAGCUGUUAAGCAAUAAUAUGAAAAUCCUAAAUAUCCUUGAUGUCCCAUGA